AUGGAGUUCAGCUUAGUGAUCUCUGUAUUGUUCUUCUUUCUAUUCUCUUCCUCGAUCGGUCGUGUCGUCUCCGGCGGUGACCAAUAUGCAUCCUUCAGCAGAAUAGCACUUCCACCGACGGCCACUGGGCCGGCGGCCAUCGCUUUCGACUUGUUCGGAGGAGGGCCUUACGUUGGUGUUGCAGAUGGUAGAAUCCUCAAGUGGCUUGGUCCGGACGAUGGCUUUGUUGAUUUUGCCUAUACUUCUCCAAAUAGGACCAAGGAACUUUGUGAUGGCACAACUGACCCAAAUAUCGGACCAAUAUGUGGAAAGCCUCUAAGCCUCAGUUUCAACUACAGAACUGGGCAGCUUUACAUUGCAGAUUCUUAUUUAGGGCUUCGAGUAGUAGGCCGUUGUGGAGGACUUGCAACCCUACUCGCCUCAAGCGCAGAGAAUGUGGCCUUCCAGUUCCUCAGCUGCGUGGACGUGGACCAGCUCACUGGCACCGUUUACUUCACAGAUGUUAGUCAAUUUUACGAUCUAAGCGACCACACAGAACCAGGAUUUUUCAACGACUCCAGCGGGAGGCUGCUAAGCUAUGACCCUGAGACCAGACGAGCAUCCGUGUUGAUGAAAGGAUCCGCGCAGCCUGGUGUCGCCAUCAGUGCAAAUGGAAACUUUCUGCUUGUGUCGGAGUUCCUCACAAAGAGAAUUCAUAGGUUCUGGCUGAGAGGUUCCAGGGCUAGCACCUCGGAAAUCUUCGCGAACCUUACGAGAAACCCAUUAAAAAUUCGGAGGACACCUUUAGGAGACUUCUGGGUGGCAAUGGCUUCUUCGAACCCAGAAGCAACGCCGAUUGAAGUUUUUCCUUUGGCCCAAAAGUUCAAUUCGAACGGUGGUGUUGUAGCAGAGUUGGAUCUGGACGAGCAGUACCAUAACAAGGUGAUAACCGGCGUUGUGGAGCACAAGGGAGCACUGUACCCGACGUCCGCUUACGUUAGCUUCAUCGGCGUCUACAAGUGCUGGGAGACCUCCGCGCCUGCACUUUAAUUAGACCGCCAUCCAAGCAACUGUUACCAUAAAUAACGUCAAAUUCAUGCAACGUAACUUGAAAUAAUGGCAUGAAAAAGAAUUUCAUGGAAAUGCUGCCUUGUGAUUCAUGUGUGUUUGGGUGACAACUGAUGAUCAGAAAACAACGUUAAAUCGUCCAAAUUGCACUUUCAUAUGUAUUUCUGCAAGUGUUCUUGUGUUUCCCUUUCAUAUUAAUUUCACCUUUUAUGA